CUCCAAAACAAAACCGUCGCAUUCGUCGCAUUCAUCGGACACGAAAUAUUUCCAGCCUCUAGCGGUCUACCCCCCAUCUCCUUCGACAGACGGAAGCACCAGAACCUGUACAAUGUCUUCCGGCGAGGGUUAUGACUCCAGCACAAAGCGAUCGAGCUCCCGAACUCGAACAUCGCGUCCCACUACCCCGCUACGUCCGUCGUCGCGAUCAUCGUUUCGAGAUUCGGCACGCGACAGCGUCUCUGGCGAUGCGCCGUUCCCUCUGAACACUUUCGAGCCGGCCUUUGCCGAGCUUUCCGACGCCAUGGCCGACCUCGAGGCGAACAUGAUGCACUUCCAGCUGAUGCACGAGAGCCUCGCUCGGUUCAGCGAGAGCUUCGCCAGCUUUCUGUAUGGGCUAAACAUGAACGCAUUUUGCGUCGACUUCCCCGAGGGACCGAUCGCUGAAUCGUUUCGGAGAGCAAGGCUUCAGGAAGACCAAAGUGAGCGUAUAGUAGGCAAUCCUCGACUCUCUGAAAGGGCUGGCGAGAUAGACGGUGAAACAACCUUCAUGACGACGGACACUUCGUUUGUCGAGAACCCACCUACUUCCUCCAAGACGACAACACCUAAGUUCGCCACUCCAAAACCUCGCGCAUCCCGCGUUCCGGCACCCCCGGGUCGAGGCGCCGGGGCCGGAAGAGGUGCUCGGGGUGGCGCUGGCGCUCGGGGAGGUCGGACUAGUGGUCUGGCUAGACCUAGAGGUCGGGGGAUUCGAUGACCCUCAACCGCCAUUAGUUUACGAAAAGAGGCAUGUCCGUCGAAUGCCGACCUGACUUCAGGUCUGCUAUGCCCUGCAUAACGGCAUGGAGACAUCGCUUUGCAGCGUCUGGCCCCGGCCCUGGUGAAGAUAGAUCUAAUGGGCUAUAUGAUAUGACCCCUGCUUCUCAUCACGGGGGAUAGAGUUUACUGGGACCCAGAAACUCGGUAGCUUCUCCAAGAUGCUAACCCAAGCCAAGGGAGAGGGGAGGAGAGCAGCUGUCAAAGCUGCUACCAUGCGAGGAGCCUGCAUUGGCAAUAUCAACACUUGCUAUCUUAUAGCGGUAUAGGAACCGGCGAGGGGUUCAUUAGGGGUCAAGAAUCUAACACUCGAGUCAAAUAUUAAUCUCGUAAUAGAAUACCUUUGUUUCUGGGA